UAGGGCUGCAGGGUUCUGGUUGAUGCACGGGACAAACUGGGGAUCCCUUGGCAGUAUACCGAGAAUGAGAAGCAUGGAAUGUUUUUGAUGGCUUUUGAAAACAAAGCUGGAAUGCCCAUAGAGCCUGCCACCUUCCAGCUGUAUGUACCUGCACUGGGCGCGCUGUGGAGGGAUUCGGGAAUCAAGGAAGCCUUCAGCCGUCGGAGCGAGUAUCAGCUGGGUGAAUCGGUGAAAUACUUCCUGGAUAACCUGGAUCGGAUUGGUCAGCUGAAUUAUUUCCCCAGCAAACAAGAUAUUUUGCUGGCUAGAAAAGCCACCAAGGGGAUAGUAGAGCAUGAUUUCAUCAUUAAAAAAAUACCUUUCAAGAUGGUGGAUGUAGGUGGACAGAGAUCUCAGCGUCAAAAGUGGUUCCAGUGCUUUGAUGGAAUAACUUCAAUUUUGUUUAUGGUCUCCUCCAGUGAAUAUGAUCAGGUUCUCAUGGAAGACAGGCGCACAAAUAGACUUGUAGAGUCCAUGAAUAUCUUUGAGACAAUAGUCAAUAACAAGCUUUUCUUUAAUGUUUCUAUUAUCCUAUUCCUCAAUAAGAUGGAUCUUCUUGUAGAGAAAGUAAAGACUGUCAGCAUUAAGAAGUAUUUCUCGGACUUCAAAGGCGACCCUCACAGGCUAGAAGAUGUUCAACGUUAUCUCGUGCAGUGCUUUGACAGAAAGAGGAGAAACCGUAGUAAGCCGCUCUUCACUGGUUUAGACACUGAAAACAUCCGCUUUGUGUUUCAUGCUGUGAAGGACACGAUCCUUCAAGAGAAUCUGAAGGAUAUUAUGUUGCAGUGAAGGAGAGCAGCCCAUGUUCUGUUGAAGUUUGCCAGAGGGUUAGAUCAAAGUUUUUAUCCUUUCUUUAUGGCCCUUGCAUGUGGUGUAGGACCCAUGCUAAUUACUUGGCUCAGGAAUGCUGUAAACUAGCCAGUCCAAACAGAGGAGCUAUAGGCCGAAGGAGUCAAAUGUUGAUGUUAGCUACUGAAUCAUUUUGACUAGAAACACUACUGAAACAUGGCCAUUGUAGGUUCUGUACCUAGUUUGGAAUGCUGAAUAACACAACCACCUUCUGCCUUCUUAGAAAAAAGAAAUCUCUGACAAACCGUGUAUGAAAGACAUGUUUUAAAUGAAUAUGCUCAUUUUUCAGAGACACUAGUUGUACAAACUGCCUUUUUUGUAGUUUGGAGGUGCUGAAUCAAUCAGACUAAUUAAGUGUAAUGAGAUUGGCAGCUGUAUUGGAGAACAUUAAUGGAAGUGCUGUUCUUAACCCUUAGGAAUACACCCAGAUCUUGUGUGCGUGUUCAGCUUUGUCAAGGGUCUGGAAUCCGCUUAUCAAGGUGGAUGCACAGCUCUUGACUGAAGGUUUUGCAUGAGUCUUGUGAGGCAAAAGUCUAAAACUGUAUAAGGAAACCAGUGUUGGAGUAAAAUGGAUGGGAAGUUAAGGCCUCGCUGAUAUGGAGAAGGGUUUAUUUUGCACUAUGUGUGAAGGGUAUUACAUCAUGGGAAAACUGAUGUCCUUGGUGAAGCAGCCUGUGCUAGAGCACCUGACCAUGUAUCUGGACAGUGGGUGCUCAACUGAGUUAUACUUCAUGGGAAUUCAGCACUGUUCUCACACCCACAGUUGGCAGUAUUUGUGAAGGUUCAGUAUCUUGUGAGACAGGGCUUUAUCUAUAUUCAAAAGUUUGAAAGCUGAUUAAACUCUUAAGCAAAGGUUUUGGUAGUACAGCAGCUGCUUGAUUAGUUCCCAACAGCUGACCUUAUAGGAAGACCGAGCACCCUAGAGACCCCAGUUUUACAGCUGCACUGAUGUGUUUGGACAGCAAGACCUUGCUGUGAAAUUAGCCUUUAAUUUGUGUCUUAAUGGGAUCUCUACCCUAUACUAAUGCACAUUGUAAUUCUGAGUACAGUCAAGUUUGGAGUUGCCCAUUUUAGGCAAUGGUUUGUGUGUAAAAUUGCAAGAGGCUAUGAAUAAUGUUGACAUGAACUGUUAAUUUCCUAGCUGUCUCAAUCUGUGUAACUAUAACUGUCAGGUGCCUUUUUUGUGUGCAGACAUAUCUGAUCUUUUCUACUACAGUGGGGUACAUGGACAAACUGAAGAUCUGCCUUUUAAAUCAGCGUUGUAGUGCUAUCCUUUAGGUAACUUUCAAACAUAGUUUACUGUGCAAUUUUUGUCAUAGUUUUUAUCCAAGAAUAAAACCUGAAGGGCUGUUUGUACCCGUAAAAAAAGUCAGCAGAUUCCCUGGAGUUCUUAUCCCCUUUGAGACUGUAAUGGCAUCUCAAAACAAGCAACGUUUUACUUCAGCUGGUAAUCCCAUGGGAAAUGUGGUUGUUGUCCUUUCAUGUUAAUUUGGAUAAAAUGUGGAAUCUUUCUUCCCCUCUGAAGCUUGCAGAUGUUCAAAUCAGUAUUUUUGUGUAGUUUCCUAAUGUAGCAGUCUUUUGGCUUUCUUUGUGCAGGCUUUAGAGUGGAAACGAUGUGGCUGUGUCAGUGCUAUGUAAUGCGCACAGUAUCGAGGUAAGAAGCAAGUGAAAAGUUGCAGAUGGGAAAAUAUAUCUUAAAUUUGAGCAAGCUUAAACAGGAAUUAGCUUCCUUGUAACAAGUCUUAUUUUUGCCAGGACCAACUCUGCCUUUUAAAUAUUUAUUCAUUUUUAACCUUGAAGGGGAGAAGUGUUAUGUGAUUAAUAUUCAGAUGGGGGGAAACUCUUAAGAUUAUUACAUUUGAAAAGGUAAAUGUUUCAACAUGAAGUGAUGCAAACAAGUUUACUUGUCAUAUAAGGUUUGUUUCUCUAAGCUUGUUUGGGUGAAGACUAAGACUUCUCAAAGCUUUCAAAGAUUUUUGGAGUUCUUGGAGUGGAGUAGUGGUUUCCACUUCACACAAGACACUGGGAAAGAGGAGGCAGUUGUGGGCUGACCUAACUUCAAAGCUGACUUGACUUUAUUUCCUAGUUUGCUUUGAGCUUUAUUCUUUCACUGAGUUUUCUGGAUGGGUUAAUAUUAUGCUUGUUUUCUCAAGUGAGUUAAACAUUCCCUUUCAACUGUAUUUUUUCUCAAGAAUUACCUCAGUUUUAUGUCUGAAUCUACUGUAGUUUUACCUGGGAAGCAUAGCAUGGAAUUUCCUGUUCUGUUUUUCUCUUCAUGCUCAUCCAUGAUUUUGUAUCCUUAGUCACGUUAUGGAUUUAAAACUCUGAACAGAGCUAAUAAUGCAACUUACAUUUUAAGUAACUUAAUCUGCACCUGAAAAAGAAAUGGCAUGAGAUAUCUCAUAUUGAUCUCUCAAGCAAUUUUUUUUUGUAUGAUAAAGCAGUUUUGCACGCUAAAUCAGAGUUUUAGGGAACCAGUUUGAUCACCUCAGGCCCAUUAUGGAUAAAAUGGGUCUAAGUGUGAUACUGCAGACUGGAUGAAAAUCAGUAGUUUGGCUCUGUGUUCUGUUGAACUUUGAUAGUGGUGGUUCACACCAGGAACCCAAGAUGGGGAAACUCUUCUUGCAAAAGUCAAGCAU